CACAAAGCCAGCAGCCACAGGGCAACUGAACUCAGACUGACACAACAACAACGGAACCAAAAUCACCAACCACUGCCAAAUGCGUUUCUAGACUCUUAGACACUAGUUCUAGCUGAAGGUGCCUCUGUAGUCAAAAGUGCACGGGCACAAACCGGACACUUUCUAUCUCGUUCGCGGUUCGGGAUCAGCCGCGCAAAGAUGCAACGCGCGCUCGCGUCCCGUCAAUCGCAUCAUCAUCACGCGUCCGGCGGCGAAGACGCCGGCGGUGACCACCAGCACCUCCUCGGCCCGCUGGAGAGCGCGCUGUCCUGCCUGUGGGUGGUCACGCCGCUGGCGGCCACCGUUUCGCUAGUGCUUGUGUUUGUCGCGAUGCUGACUAACCAGUGGCUGCACACCGACGAGAAGAUGAACAAUCCAUCGUACAACGGCACCGGCGACAAGGAUUACCUCUCCAAGAUGACCGUCUCCGGCUUGUGGAUGUUCUGCUUUACAAACCCUGGCGAGACAUCGUACGAAUGUUUAAAAAUUGACUACUUCACCAAAGAGGAGUACAGCCCCGACCCGAACGACUCGACGCUUGCAAUUCCAUACGCGGUGACCAAGUCGAUAUUCUUCUUCGCCGCCGCCUCCUUCCUCCUGCUGCUUGCCUACGCCAGUUGUCUGCUGGGCUACUGCAUUAAGAAGCGAGGACUGUACACCUUCGUCUCCGGCGUGGUGUUCAUCAUCAGCGGGCUGGUGAUGCUCUUCGGGCUCAUAAUGUACAUCUCUGUUUUUAAAGCAGAAGUCGGGUACAAACUACGUCCUCGUUCACAAUUGCAACCACCGGCAUUCACCUACUCGUAUGGUUAUUCAUUCCUGCUAUACGUCUGCGGGUUUAUUGGCACUCAGGUGGCUGGUAUAAGUGCCAUAUUUUUGUUUAUCAACAAGGCACAGUACGAGUACCGUGCCAAACACCUCGAGGACCUGCGCCGUGGUAAACUGCGUCCGACCACAUCCAACAUCAACUACUUACCGCUGGAACACGCCGCUGCGUACUACCCUUGUCAGCGACACCCGCAAUCCUACGUCAACACGAACAGCAUCCAUGUACCAACCAACUACCCGUCACCGGCGCACCAGCGGCGUUACUUCUUCAGCAAGGAACCCAUCCCCGAGUCGCCGUGUAGUCUACACAGGGCGCGCGCGGAUGCUGCCGCCAAAGACGCCGCUUUCUAUGACUUCCCACCGCCACCGACGAUUAGCUAUCAGUUCGACGAGCGGGCUUCAUACGCGCGCGCUGAUACAAUGCGGUCGUUUCCGCGCGAUGUCACCACGCACACGGUCUCGACGACCGCCGACGUCAUCGACGAGUUCCCACCGGAUCAUCAUCAGUUCGACGACUACUCGCCGGGGGUGCAGCAUGAGCAUGAGUUCGUCACGUUUGACCUGGACCAGCCGUUGCCGCUGCGUGCCACGCAGAGCACCAUCUCGAUAAACUCCCGCAAUGGCCGCAAGGACUAUGCCAAUGACACUCUGCGACGGACGACGCCCGUCUGAAACUAAAUCGCGUGAUGGCCGCCCCCACCGCGCCGUGCGACUCCUGCGACGAUCUGAUUGUUGUUUCCUGUACAAAUAAAACUUUAUUGAAAUGUUGCAGCGGCGGGAAGUGCGCAGCGAGUUUAUCAAAGUGUUUCCUAAACUAGAUGAGUAAUAAUAUAAAAAUACUGCUGCUGCUGAAGCUGGAACUCUAAACGUCUAGACAAUGGCGGCUCGCCGGGAUUAGUUUCAUCCCAAUCGUGUGUCUUUGUGUUCGAUUUUAAUCACCGAUUUUAAUGCGGCCGACGGCGCAUUAAUUAUUUUAUCAUUCGAUUCGUUUGGCUCAUUUGCACUACAAUGAGAACCUGACUUUGUUUAAACUCAUACAGAACAAUACAGGGGCAAGUAGGUAUUUCUAUCGGUCCGGUUCUCGCUGUGGACGACUUUCUGGUUUUGAAUGGACUUUUCGUCGCUGGAAUGGAAUUGAACCGACCACUCUUGAGCAGUACUCAAUUAUCGGUUGUUCCUUCUUUCCAUAGCUCGAUUGAUUGUUUCGUGUAAACAUUGUUAAUUAGUGUGUUAAUAAUUAAACAAAUUUAAAAUUAAACAACUCACUAACUGAAUCAAAAUAACUUAUAUAUAUAUAAAGAAACGUAAAGAAAUGAUAAACAUGAAAAGUAAACCCAAAACAUUUAAAUGUAAACUAUUCGUAAUAAAACAAACAACAUAUCUAUGAACUUCGUUUAUACAAAUUUAAACAAAACAAACAAAAAAAAACAACACUACUUUUACGACAAAUCGUUGUUGUGGUCAAUUUUUUAAAUUAAAAAACUUAAAAAUGAGGAGGAGAAACACGGAGUAAAUCGAAAUGGUUUAUUUUUAAUUAUUGUAAAUGUGUCUCACACAAUAUAUGCUGUUAACAAUAGUUGCAGUUCAUGUUUCAUAUUCCGAAUUCCGAUAUAAAACAUCACCGCUCAUGUUAUUGUCACAUUCGGAAUUGUUUGUGGUUUUAAUUGAUUUUUUUGGGAAAGUGUUGAAAACGCGACGCACACAUUCACGGCUGCAAAUCGCAUUUGUUUUUGAAUAUACGGACACUCCAUCGUGCUAAAUAAUCUAUUAGAUAGUUAAUUUGCUGUGUUGCAGUCUCGUUUUGGGCGGAAAAUGUUGCGUGCGAUGCGAAAUGUGCGUCCAUGCCCGAAUUCGAUAACAAGCCGCUCGUUUUAAUACCCUUGGACUGAUUGUAAUUGUGCCAAAUUACUAUUAUAUUGUUAUUAAAUCAAAUUGAAUCAAACUAAGCAAAAAAUAGCAAACUAUGACGUGUGAAAC